AUGUCGUCAAUAAGCACGACUUCGGAUGACGGACGGCUCGAAAAGCCGCUCGUGGAACGCAAGACUGUGGGCGUUCAGUUACAGGAACCACCUUUUGGCCUAUAUCAUCUUCGACAUAAAGUUUUGGAUUAUGCGUUGUUCUUGUGCCGCGGCCGGAAAGGUUCACGACUGAACUCGAAUAAACACAAUGCCGGUACUGAUGAUAGUGAAAGCAAUACGCGUCUGGUUGUGCUUGAUGAAUCUGCAACAAUGGAGUUUGAUGAGCAUGUUCGAACGUUGUCUGCGAGAACCCCAGCCGAGGGAGGGCCGGAUGCUGAUCGUGAACGGAUCGAUAGAAUAAUGAGUCGCGAUGAAGACACAUUUCUUGAAGACAAAAGCAAGGCCUUUGAAUUGUUCGAGCAAUACUGGAACAUCGACAUGGACGAUGUAGCAUUGUUCACUUCAGAGCUCGUUUCCAGCUACCAUAGCCGCAUUGUCAAAGUCAAUGGAGACAUCUGCCUGGAUAUAAGUUACAACAUACGAGAAGAUAUUCUAUACGACGAAACCAACAUAUCAUCGCUAGAGAGCACCAUAACAGUCAACGUGAUCAAGUCAACCGACUUGCGAGUGCAGCACGAGUAUGAAUCGCUCUACUUUCGACACAAUAUUACGACGAGACAGACAACUUAUAUGCUACCAAAUGCGAGCAGAGAGUAUCGCGGCUUGCUCCAUAGUGUCGGCAGCGGGCUUUCUGAGCGUGCUUCUCGCAUGCAUCCGUUCUCGUUACACGCGGUGAUCCUAUUCCAGAGUCUCGCCGCCCGAAGUGCGCAAAUAGACGAUCUUUACCGCCGCCUAUUAUGGAUCGAGACGCAAAUAUACCAGGGAUCAAUCUUCCAGGGCACCGAUUCCGCCAAAUUCAUACGCUACAUCCAGCUUUCACAUAAAUUAUCACGGAAUCUAAUAACACUAGAACAUCGAAAUGAGCGGGAUAGAUCUCAUAUUGAGAAACUUUUGGAGGAUCACAAACGCUUACGACGGUUAAUCAAGCAAUCAUCGCCCAAUCCUUCAAAGCAGAUUGACAUGAACACACACGAGCAUGUCCGGGAUAGUUUGCUGAGUCUUAAAGACCUCGCUCAUGACCAAGACCGACAAAUCGUCAACGCGCAACGCAAGACCCAACUAUUCAUUACGCUACUAUACAACCUGAUCACUGGCCACGACAGCGGAAUAAACCUACGCAUCGCCUCGGAAACGGCCAAAGUCGCCCACGAGGCCAAGAAAGAUAGCACUUCCAUGAAGAUAAUUGCCGGAGUCACCAUGUUUUAUCUUCCGGCAACGUUUGUUUGCAGUCUUUUCGGCACGAAUUUCGUGGCAUUAAACACGAAUACUUCGGAACCGACGUUCGUUGUGUCGAAAUUGUGGUGGGUGUAUAUUGCGUUUGCGGUUCCUUUGACCGCGGCCACGAUGAUGGGCUUUCUUAUUUGGCGUCGGUGGCGUCGUGGACAGGUAAUAGUAGAAGAUAGAUAUGAGGUUUAA